AUGUCACUGGAAGGGGAUACAGAAUCAGACGUAGCCAAAGCCGACUACACGGGAAGUCUGGCGACGGCACUUGGCUUCAUGGGGAACUCUGUCAAGGAGCCAAAAAUGCUGGCGGAGGGCUACGAGUUGAACGGCAAGGUGAUUAGGGCGUUGCACGCUGCCUUGUCAGCCAAGUCCAAACAGGAACUAGCUCGGUGGGCCUUUACCAUCAUCAUACUAAGUCUUUACCAAUAUGCGGUAGAGAAUGUGGCCAACGUUCCUCACUAUUAUGGCAUGUCAAAGAUUAUAGAAUUAUGUGGACCAGAAUGUUUCCAGCAAGAGCCCAUGCUGACUUACUUUCGCCAGAUUAGGGCACUCCACGCUUGCAAUUCAUUUAAUGAGCAUGAUCGCUCAUUCUUUGAAGAAACCCGGUGGAAAACUAUUCCAUGGUAUUUUAUACCCAAGACAUCUCAUGACCUACUGAUGGAUCUUUUCGUCAUCAUUCCUGGUCUUACCGUUUCCAUCGCUUCACCAAAUCGGCUCUACCUCGACAAUGAGAAGGUUGACGCUCAUGCACGGAUUGAUCAGCUUCUCGCGGAUCUUCAGGACUGGAGAUGGCACUGGGAAUCUGACAACCCCGGUGCUGCAAGGGAAGUAGAUCUGCCUCUUGAAGCAGAAGCGGAUGGCAUCUCACUUCCCUGGGCCAAGGUUUUGUUGUCUAGGCCACUUGCGGUGAAGACGGCGGAACAGGCUGCCGAACUGAUCAUCUACAACGCUUCAAUCAUACAGCUGAUGAACUUGCGAGCCCUGCUAGACACAGGUGUGCGGCAUCCACAGCCGUUUCCUCCGGACAUUGAAAUAUCGAUGCUCAAGGCAGCCGACGAACCUCUGUACACACCAAACAAUGUCAAAUACAGAUGGCAGCCAUCAAUCGAGGCUCUCAGGCUCAUGCGGCUAGCACCGAAGCUUUUGACCAUCACUAAUGGUACCUCAGUCAUGCUUGCUGCGUCACCUCUUGGUAUCAUCUACAACUCUCUACUGGGUACGGAAGGUCUCGGAAACCUGUUCCUAUCAACGAUGGCGGUACCGAGUGAUUACUCUAUCACAGAUCGAGAGCUUUCGGUCUUCCGCUUGUGGUAG